AUGACAUUCAGAGUUCAUGGCCGUGUUUGUUGCGACCAAAGCUUGUCGGGCCAGACAAGGUUAGCCUUCUUGAGUCUUUUUGAUGUAUGUGACGGAAUUGACACCUUCACAUUAUCGAAAACAGUCAGGUUUUACACCGUGGAUGAGUUACAAGCUCACAGCCAUAGUACCACCCAGGAGUACACGGCGCUGCAGGCGCUGAAGGCGGCCGUCACCGAGGACCCCAAGGGCGCCCUGGCGUCGUGGCAGGGCGCCAAUGUGUGCGCCUACAAAGGCGUGUACUGCUCCGCGCCGCCGGACGCCGCCGGCGCUGGCGCGUCCGCGGUGGUGGCUGGCAUCGACCUGAACCGCGCCAACCUCAGGGGCACGCUCCCCGACGCGCAACCGCCUCGGGGCGCCGUCCCCGACGCGCUCCGGGACCUGCAGUACCUGACGGAGCUGGACCUGAGCAACAACCUCUUCUCAGGCCCGUUCCCGGCGUCCACGCUGCUGAUCCCGUCGCUGGUGUACCUCGACCUCCGCUUCAACGCCUUCUCCGGGGAGCUCCCGCCGGAGGUCUUCGCUAAAGACCUCGACGCCGUGUUCCUCAACAACAACCAGUUCGAGGGCCAGAUCCCGGACACGCUGUGGGCGUCGCCCGCCACCGUCAUCACGCUGGCCAACAACCGCUUCACCGAGCGCCGUCCCGGCGGCGGCCUACGAGUUCGGCGCCGGGGGCGCCAGGGGUUGGAAUCCCGCGAGGUGCUGUUCCUGAACAACAACCUGACGGGGUGCGUGCCCGAGGCGCUGGGCUUCCUCCCCAGCAUCCAGGGGAUCGAGGUGCUCAACCUCGCGCACAACCAGCUCACAGGCGAGCUCCCGGACCUGCUGUGCGACCUGCGCCGGAUCAUCAACCUGUCCGUGUCCUUCAACUUCUUCUCCGGGAUCAGCCAGCGGUGCGACCGGCAGCUGGGGAGCCGCGGCGUGUUCGACUUCGUGGGCAACUGCGUGCCCGGGCGGGACAUCACAGCGGCCGCAGCCCGAGUGCGACGAGUUCCCGGGGAAGCCGGCCUCAGCUGCCUCCGCAUCCCCUGGGGCGCGCCAGCCGGGUGCGGCGGCGGCGGCGACGCGGCGGGCGCGACUAUUGGCGUCGGCGUCGGAGUUGGUGUCGGGGGCUGCCGUUCGGCCUGCCAGGCGCCGCCGCCGCCGAGGCGUGGUCACCGUCACCGUGCCGUGAUCUGA